AUGGAACCUUUUCGAGGUCUCAAAUUUUUCCAAUUCCACCGAGAAUGGUGUUCUCGGCUUGACCAGAGAGGUUACUUCGGCAUCUUGUUGCUUUCUCUGGAGUCCGUUGGUAUUAAGGAGUGUGAUUACUUCUUUACCCAUGUUGCCCUAGCACUAACUCAUCAGAGUAGCAGCAGCAAAAGGAAGAGGCAACAGAAGCUCUUUUUCUUCUUCAGAUUCCCAAUCUCGUACAGCAAGCUCUCUCCAAAAGCUCUUCUUCUUCUUCAGAUUUUCAAUCUUGUUGGUGUUGCAGUUAGUAAGCACUUCAAUAAUGUUCUGAAGGCUGUGUUGCGCUUCCAUGGUCUCCUCCUUAAGAAGCCUGAACCGAUAACUGCUAAUUGUACAGAUGAUAGGUGGAGUUGUUUUCAGAAUUGUCUUGGUGCUUUAGAUGGAACCUAUGUUAAGGUUCUUGCCCCUGUAAUAGACAAACCAAGGUAUAGAACAAGAAAGGGAGAAAUUGCCACAAAUGUAUUGGGUGUGUGCUCCCAAGACAUGCAAUUCAUAUAUGUCUUGCCUGGAUGGGAAGGAUCUGCUUCUGACUCUAGGGUACUUAGAGAUGCUGUCAGUAGACCCAAUGGGUUAAAAGUCCCUACUGGCCACUACUAUCUCGUAGAUGCGGGUUACACAAAUGGGGAGGGUUUUCUUGCACCAUAUAGAGGACAAUGUUACCAUCUUUCUACAUGGAGAGAAGGGGGUGCCCCAACAACUCCACAAGAGUUUUUUAACAUGAGGCACUCUUCUGCUCGUAACGUCAUUGAGAGGUGUUUUGGACUACUUAAAAUGAGGUGGGCAAUAUUGAGGACUUAUUCUUACUUUCCAAUCAAGACUCAAUUUCGUAUUAUCACUGCAUGUUGCCUUCUCCACAAUCUCAUACAACGUGAAAUGCCUAUGGAUCUUGAUGAUGAUGAGAACGAGGAAAUGAAUCCUCCUCCUCUAGCUACUGAAUUAGGAGAUGAAAUGAUUGAUGUAGUUAAAGCAUCUGAUCAAUGGAGUGAAUGGAGAACUGCCUUGGCAACCCAAAUGUUUAAUGAAUGGCAAGCAAGCAGAGGUAUGGAUGACACAGGUACCACUAGUUCUCGUAAGAAGGCGAAACCUCGAAGGUUUUGGAAUCACCGUGAGGAAGUAUUCCUCAUUACAACCAUGAAGGAUGUAAUAGCAAGUAAUCCCAGGUGGAAGCUUGAUAAUAAUCAGUUUAGGGCAGGCUUCUACAAUGAAUGUGAGAAGAAGAUCUUAAGUGCCUUUCCUGGAACUGAUCUUCGAGCCAGUCCCCACAUCGACUCGAAGAUUAAAUUUUGGAGGAAACAAUAUAAUGCUUUGCAAGAUAUGUUAAACAUGAGUGGUUUUGGUUGGAAUGAUGAACAAAAGAUGGUGCUUGUUGAUAGUGACGACGUAUGGCAGAACUAUGUCCGGAGGGUGCCAGAUGCAAAAGGGAUGCGAAAUAGGCCAUUCCCAUUCUAUGAAGAUUGGCUUAUUCUAUUUGGGAAGGAUAGGGCGACUGGUGAACUGGCUGAGGAUCCUGCUGAUGCAGUUGCAGCCAUGGAAAAAGAGGAUGCCAAUGCAACUACAGAAGAAGGAGAACAGUCUCCUGUUGAACAGUUUAGUAUGAACAUGGGUGAUACCGAUUACUCAAUGUCUACUGCAGGUAAUGUUCCCAACCGUGCUGACUCAGCUAAAACUGGGAAAAAGCGGGCUCGACCUACUGAGGGGAUACCCACUGAACUAUCAGAGAUGGCAAAAAAUCUUGGAUCAUUCAUUGAGAAUACUAAUACUACGAUGGUGGAGGUUGCUCAUAGGAUAGGAUAUUCACAUGACCUAUCCCAACAGAGGAGGUUGGUUAAUGCAGAACUUCUGAAGUUGCCAAUGAGUAAUACUCAAAGAUUGAUGGCAGCAUCUAUGAUAGUGAAGGAUGAAGACAAAGUUGACUUGUUUUUCAGUUUAGAUGAGAAUGACAAGAUGGAGUGGGUUUCUUUGCUAUUGGAAGGUCAUAUUUAAAUGUGACAUCUACUGUAUGAUGGUCUUUUUGUUUCCCACAUGACUUGUAAUAUAUUAUGUGAUGCAUAAAUAUUAUAGGUUAGGUAGUUUCUGCUGCUACAAUACUUUAUGAUGGUCUUUUUGUUGAGUAAAUGUUGCUCCUGUGU